AUGACUCUAUGGAAGUCACUGUGCGAACUGCUUUACUCGACUCCCAUCGUCGAAGAAAUACCCCGGCCCAGUUGGCAUUCCUUGAAAGGCAUUCAUGCUCUUCUAGGACCGACGUCGGUCGUCGAGGAACCGCCACAACCGCAUUGGUACAUCUUGGAAAGAAUUCAGGAAAUUCUUGAAAGCACGAUGACUCGCGUCCCGUCCCGAGAGCACCUAUACUUUAGUAUUGGAACAGCAUUUCUCGUACUGAUACUCUCUUUUAGCAUUUAUUUUAAACCGUUCUCUCGUCCGCCCCCAGUGCCGCUAAAAGAACUACCGAAAAGACCAAUUCUACAAAUUUUAUUUCACCCCGAUGAUAUUGCUGCAGCACAGCCCGGCACAAGCACGCGCAUGUCCAGGCUCAACGCAUCGAGGACAGUCGCUUCGAAUACGCUCAACACCCGGGUCCUUGGGUCCGUCAGGUCUCCGGUUGCUUCGGAAGCACCGUCGUUUUGGAAAGGUCGCUUCCGCACUUCUCUGGGAUCGUUUCCCAACAUUUUUCACGCUUCACAACCGAAACCUGCAUCCGAAGGACGUCAACAGAAGAAUCAAACGCGAGUUGAGAUUGAGGUAGAAACUGUCACCGAUAAGGUCGAUGACGACGACUUGACACCAAGUGAACAUCUCCCGGCAACCGAUGACAUUGGACUUUCCUACACUCUCGAUGAUCCGCCUUCGGAGUCAACAUCGGUGGAAGGAUCGACAUCGAUUCAUGAUAUUCCGUUUCGUCGAGUGACAGACUUGCCAGAUUCGUUUGCUCCCCUCUUGUCGUCUUCACACAUGGAAAUGUUGCACGACCGCUUGACGGCUGAUUUAAUUCACGCUGUAUCCUUGCAGAGCAGUUUUCGUGUGCGACAGGGACGUCACGAAAUCCCUCUCGACAAGGAUAAUAGACGUCCUCAAUUUUGCUUGCAUGUGCCAAAAGGAGGCUGCCGCAUGUCAUUGACGGCAGUGGUCGGAAGUGACGGGUUUACGAAGGAACAGGAUUUGAGCAUCAGGACCAAGACAACCGCCCGUUCCAAGCCUAUGGUCAAAUGUGUUGAUCUCGUGGCGGAUCCUCCGCUACCGCUAGGCAAUGUAGCACCAACCUUGAUUCACUUCCCAACACUUUUCGAAGAUGACUUUGUUCCGCGCUUGCGCAGGAUUCAAAUUGUCCGCUGGGUUAUUGACUUUCUUGUGUCAAUGUCGAGUUUUUUAGAGCGUUGCUUGUGGAUCAUCGAAAGUAAGUGUCAAGUCCAUCUUUCGAAAGUUCGAGUGAUGCCACUAUAUCGGGGACGUUCGGACAAUAAAGAGUCGCCUGAAUGGCGUUUGAAUUUGGCGUUCUCGGGGCACGCUUUGUUGUUUGGUUGGAUCCCUGUUCCAUUCCUGAAUAUAUCAUUGCCAUCAUUCAUCAUUCCACAACCGCAUGCUCUAUUGGAAUACUUGCUGUCGCCGCAGCCCUUAGCGUCAGCUCGCUUAAAGCGUGAGAAUAUCGCUGAAGAUCGAAUCACCUUGGCUGUUUUGAAUGCUCUAGAAAGUUGGCAUUGUCAUUUAAAGCUGGUAGCCACUCCUCCUGCUAUCGGUGUGGACUUGACUUUACCAGGAGGACUCACGGUUGCGAUGGAAGUUGGGUUGGGCCGCGAUCCCACCGCAGGGACACGGAAUGACUCGGGAGUUGAAACUACUCCCCCAACGUCCUCUACAUACGAAGAGGCUGAUCAUCUCUCAGUUAACUCAAUGUCUUCGUGGACGACAAGAAACGAUAAAAGCGUAUCGACCAGGCGGCUGAAGUCUCUCUCCAGUACUGGAAUACCUCAAUUCGAUGCGAAUCAACUAAUUCCGUGGUUUUUGGAAUUAAAAGCCAAAGGAUCUUUCAGCCAUGAAAAAGUUUCUGUCCACAUAGUCAAGUUGUCAGCUUCACACGAAGAGGCGAUUGGCAGCAUACCGAGUCAAAGUCACUUUGCCACUCGAGGCAGUAUAGCAAUCUGGAAAGUGGGGAGAUCUGAACAACACUUAUCUUCUAUGACACCAAUGGAUGAUCUCGCACCCUUUCCUCUCCGUCACCGCUCAUCCUUUGGCCGGCAUCGUCGCAAGAAUUCUUUCGGACGACCAGCGCUUGAGACGGACGAUUCACCUUCGGUUGCAGAAAUUUUUCUUUUCCACGAGGAGGUUUCAUCAUUUCGUGAUGAGCGUUUAUUGCACUAUGAUUAUGCGUUUGAUGUAUAUGAGGACACCAAAGUUGAUGCGGUUACUUUGUCAAUCGGUGCGACUCAUCCUAUGCUAAAUGGUGGAACGAUGGUUACGACAAUUCUUGAUACAAUUUACGCUUUUGGAUCGGUGACUGCGAGAGAGGGUGCUGUUUUGGAUCCCAGCGAGCGCAACCAAAAGAGGAAUAUUCUUCGACAUCUGCCAGCAAUUGACUUCACAUUUGGUACCCAAAACAUUUAUAUUCCGUCCGAAAGUGCUAGCUACUCAGACGAUGGGCAAACUUUGCUAAUUCCGGAAAUGGAUGGUGGUCGUAUGAUGGUCCGCUUCCUUGGUGGCUUUGACGAUAAGAAGACGCCGAACAAGCUGGUUGCUCGUUCAUCAGAUGUGGUCGUGGAAGGUAUUAAACUCUUGGCUGAUUUUGGGAUUGGCAACCUACACUUCAAAACAGAAGGCGCAGUGAGAGAAUUUCCGGAGCUUGAGAUAUUUGAGGAUCAAAAAUUACAAUCGCUAGUUUCGGGUAUCAUCGAUGGAAGCAUCAAAGCUCAUCUAAGGCCACAGAUUUCGGUGGCACCAGCUUCGACGAUUUCGACGAUAGGAAAGAAUGUUUUUAACCCCCUGGAAGCGUACGAAAUUGAUUUUUCAAAUACGAACUUAUCAGUGAAAAUGAAGGAGUACGCUGUAUCGCUUGGGCAUAGACGCAUAAUAUUCCCGACCGAGUCGACUUUCGUCAUCAACGUUAUUGAUAGUAUUGUCGAUAUGGGAUUUGAGGGCAAGACGCAAUGCGAGCUCAGUUGGGACUUCCAAGGUUUGUCGCCUAUUCUACAAGUAACUCCGCUCGGCAUGUCGCCUGCGUUCGCACAACCUGAAAAUAAAAAGCAAGCAUCUCUCCUUGUUGCCCCUCUCCGUCAAGGCCGCAUCUCGUUCCACGUUUCGUCAGUUGGAGGAAUAAGCAUUCAGAAGGCGGUGACAUCGCGCGAACAUAAGGAGGGCCUGUAUGACUGGAAAUUUUUCAACGCUCUCGUCUCGCCCGACGACGAUUCAUUUUCGCGGAUUAUCGAUGUCCUGCAUGACAAAUUGACAAUGAAUAAACUGCUACAAGUCACCCAGCUUGUUAAUGAAGAUAUAUACAAGAUUCUAAAGUACAUUCUGAGACAAAUCUGGAGGGCGAAAGAAAUUUUCGACCAAGAAGGCGUCACUGAACCUGGCCACGUUAUCCCAAUGUACAAGAUGACUAGACUGAUCGCUUUGUUUUUGACUGGUGACGUAUACAAGGUAGAUGAAAUUCUUCCCAUGGUCAGGCGCGUCGUCAAUGGCGAAGGGCUUGACGUUGUCAAACUGAAAGAUCUUCUUCAUCUUCAUCUGGAGCAGUACGACCGAUGGGCAACGGAGAUUGAUCGAGUCGUACGUUGUGCAGCUGUUAUGUUUAGCCCUAUGGCAGCUGCUCAGCCUUACCUGGAAGACAACGUCAAGCCUCUGGCGGAGCUUACGCACCACGCGGCCAAAUUUGAUAAGAUUCCUAGUGCCAGGCAUUUAUACGACCAAAUUUCUGGCAAGCGGAACCUGCCGUUAGAUCCAUCCUUUUCGAAUAUGGUGAGCCGACUUGCGCCAUACCUCAGCUUUCGGCAAGUUGAAUUCAUUUUGCAGGCAAGGAAUUCUACCGACUGGCAGCCAUCCGAUCUUAGAAGAAUUCGCUACGUCUAUUCAAUUAAACGGAAAGUGCAAGAUAUCGCCGAAAGCUACGGUGGUUUGUCUUUUUUACCACAAAGCUUUCUUGUUUCGGUCUUUCUUGGUGAAGCGACGAGGACAAGUCUUUUUGCAUCUCGCAGAAGACGACGCAUGCGCAGGUCGGACACUCACUCUUCAAUGUCACUGCAGAAGACACCUAUAAAGCAAGCGACUUUGUCUGCGUUGCGUCGGAAGCGAUCAGGGGUGAAAGAUGGCCGUUUGUUUCGACUUUCUGAGACAGAAUCUAUAUUAGACAGCGCACAGCAAACUCCUGCUGAACGCAUUGCUUCCGCUUCGAAUUUCGCUACACUAAAGCGAAUCGACAUCCCGGAAAAGGUUGUUAUUGGUCUAGAUGCUUCUAACAGGAAGCCAGAUGAUCCGUACGAGCUCGGAGAUUCCCUCCUAGGCCCGCAGGAUGUAGCGAUUCUCCUGCAGUCCGGUCUGACGUCCGUGAUGAAGUCGUCGACUGUCGUGCAACUGAACCAAAGAAUGCUUUUGGACUUAAUAUGCAGCCAACCUAGAUCCUUUGCGAUCGCGGUCCUGGCUGAGAUUGGAACUCCUGGAGGGCAAGGGUCUCCGCGAAGUCUUGCAUCAGCACUGAUGGCUCUUCUUGAGCUUGACCAAACAGCUUUUCAAUCUAGUCACAAAGUUGAUUUGCAUGCACUAGUGGAGUCGUGGCUCCCCGGUUUAAAAAUCCCGAGACGUGACGAUUACAUGGCAGGCGGCCGGUGGGCUAGGCAAAGCUACUACGAAGCGCUUUUCUCCGUGGCAACGAGCAUCCUCGAUGACGCUGAAACAUAUGUAGCAUUGAAGGGGCAUGUCCAAAGAGUUCGUAUGCAUCUAGAAACUGAUCCAAUCCCAGGUCCUCGCACGGAGCACCGCAAUGACGUAGGCAUGAACGUCGAAGAUUCCGUCUUCUCUCAGGAACCCCAUGAGUGCGGAACAAAAUUGAGCCAAGCCAUCGAAAAGGCAAAGUCGGGGAUUGCUGCAGCGGAUGCAGCUGGCUACUCAAUCUUGGAGAAUCUCCUACAAGAUGAAUCGUGCGGAGAAUCAAACACGAAAUUUCAGGUAGCUGUGGGAUUGUACAAAGAGGCAUUCCGAGCGUCUGCCGACGUACUUCGACUUGAUCGUUAUUCGUUCCACAGUGCUUGGUUUCGCGAUUUCUACCGACGAAACUACGAUGCGUUGAUGAUUCUGUCAAUCUUUGACAAUGUAGUUGAAAAUGUCGACAAUGUGCGAAAGUGGCUUCAAGCGCUGCGAAGCAGUGUCCAGGGAAGCGCAACGCUAACGAAUUCGAAGGAGGCAGACGGAAAUGCGUCCAAAGACCAUCGCGAAGCUCAAAUGACCACCACCAGUUUUGAUUCGUCUGCUCCCCAGUGCGACAAUGGCGACACUACGUUCGUGAAUGCCGAGCAGCAUAGUGACCAGUUUCUGAUCGAUGCGAUAAUUGACGCUGUCAUUUUUGAGCGAAGCGAGAGAGAGGCGCUACGCAGUGACCCGCUGGUGCGUUUACUUGUCCGAAACGAUCCAGGACAUUACAAUUUUGUCAUCGUCUCAGCAAUGGGAGUUGUUACCGAGGGGAAGAAGGGCCUCGAACUUAAAGAUGCAUUUGAUCGACUAGACGCCACUCGUGCUGUCAAAGUGAUUCGAGCUGAUACUGGAACAGCACGAUCAUUCGAGUACAAUGCGAAAAAAAUCGAGGACGCAAUUGAGGAAGCCGCGGACUUGAAGAAACCGUUUGGCCUGUUGGGAUACUCGCAAGGUAGUGCAAAUGCUUUGAUGGCAGAAACUAUGCUUUUGUCAGGUUCGCCAAAGCAGCAAGAAGCUCUUGUGCAAGGAGGCGGUCUUGUGUGUCGGCAGCUUAUGUUCUCGGCAGCCAACGGCUCGUAUCAUGGUCCAGCAUCGGAAAAGAAGAUCCAUAGUCUUAUCAUUAUGUGCGAAGACUUUUUCAAGUAUCAGCAAGGCUACGUCAGCAAAGCUUUUGCAUCAACUGUUCUCGAAGCACUGACUUCGAUAAUGGAUUCUUCCGAAUUUCACAAAAUGAUGGGCGGUGCCAAUUCGUUCCUUCCGGACGGUUGUCGAGCGUUCUGGAGAGAGGCACAGCACCUUGGGCAUGUACCAACGUGCACAUUGAGAGGCGUGGAAGAAGACCACACAACACCGGAGAGCCUCGAGAUGAUAGCGGGUCAGCGCUGCACGAUUCUCAAGUCCACGUCUUUGACGCAGUCGGUUAUCCGGUGUAUCACAAUAAUCGUAAUGGUCGGCUUUUGA